GGCACCCCCGCCACCCCCCAUUCUCUCUCUCUCUUACCUCACGCGCUCCGCGCACGCAGAGACGCGCACACAGCCUACCCAGUCGGGCAGUCCCAUCCCUGUCUCGCGCUUCUGUCUCGCCCUCUCGCUCUCUUGCUUCCCACAGUCUCACCUUCCCCAAAACCCUAGUCGCCUCUCUCACCGCGCUAAACCCUACCCUACCCCGUGUCGCCCCGCAACACCCUCCCGUCGUCGUCGUCGUCCUCCUCCUCCUCCUCCUCGGCGCGAUGGUCGCAUCAAUCACAGGCUAAGCAAAGCUCGUCGUCUCUUCCGAAUCCGGCUCGCGCGUCUCGCGCUCUCGGCCGCGGCGGCGGGGUUAGGAACCCAGCGGUCUGGUAGUCUCUGAGCUCUGCGUUCGUGGGGUGCGUCGGCGUCGGCGAUGGAGGAGCCGAAUGUGGGCGGAGGUGCCGUGGCGGCGCCGGAGGUGGCCGAUCCGGUUGGCGGCGCCGGAGCAGGCGCGUCUCCGUGGAGGAAGGCCACGCCGCCUCCGGCGGUGGUGGCUGAGGUGGCGGUCAUGGGGGCCGAGUCGUGGCCCGCGCUGGAGGAGGCGAGGCAGAAGGGCGCCUCUGAGGGCCCCGUGAAGGCAGGAGUGGGCAAUGCUGCCGGUGGCGACUCGGCAAAGGGGGCGCCGGCGUCCCCUCCACCGCCUCCAUCGCAGGGGUCUAGUCGUACGAACAAGUUUGAUGGCCAUGGAAAUCCCAACAAGAAUCACGAAGCAUAUCAUAAAAAUGGGCCCAAGCGACAUUUUCCUGCUGCCAAUGGUGCACCAUCCUACCCUCCAGCGAUGCAUUAUCCCCAACAUCCAGGGCAGCCUAUUUUCUACCCUGUGCUCCCCAGUCCGAUGAUACUACAUGAAUAUCCUUACCAGCCUUUUGCUGUUCCGGUCCCGAAUCGUGACCGACAUGUUGGAAAAUCUGGAUAUGAGAACUCUGUGCCUCCUUUUGUUCCAGUAGAUCAAGUUGGUGCCAAUGAAGGUAACAGGCCAAUGCCUCCGCAUCCUAGAGGAGAUACUCAUGCUUGGCGGCCACCUGUUGGUAUUCAUGGCGCAAGGCCCCAUCCUGGUCCUGAAGGCCAUGGCCAUCGCACCUGGCAAAAUCCUCAGUUGUUUGGUACAAGAGAAAACCCAAGUCUACCACAAGGUGCUGGGCCAAGAACUUUGGUCAGACCAAUGGCACCUCCUACUCUUGGGUAUAUCAAUGGACCACCAUACCCGGGGCCUAUGCAUCCCAUGUAUUAUUACAUGCCCGCUGUACCUAUGGAGCCGAUGAGAGGUCCACCACGUUACAUCCAAAAUCAGCCAGCUCCUUAUCCUGUUUUAUCCCCUGAAGCUGCUGAGUUAAGAUCUAAUGUACUAACUCAAGUGGAGUACUAUUUUAGUGAUGCGAAUCUGGAGCAUGAUAAUUUCUUGAAAUCUUUAAUGGAUGAGCAUGGCUGGGUUUCAGUUUCAAAAGUCGCAGAUUUCAACAGACUUAAGAAAAUGACCACGGAUGUACACUUGAUUGUAGAUGCAUUGUCAAGCUCUACUCUUCUAGAAGUCCAGGACAACAAGAUUAGAAGGCGUUCUGACUGGUCAAAAUGGAUCUCUUUUUCUGGGACAACAUCUGUUGCGAGUCCAUCAUCUGCCAGUAUGGAUAGCAGUAUGGGUGAGAGGAAUAUUGUUGGCUUUUCUGAAGAUCAAAAGAAGCUUUGUCAUUCUGAAGAUAUUAGACGCAACAUAGACUAUAUUGGUAUAGAGGCAAAAGUUGCUAAGGAACAUCUAGCCGAAGAUGCACAUAACUGUUCACUGAAUAAGGACUUAUCCGCCAUUAGGAUUGAUGAAAAACCUAAGAGCAUUUCUGCAUUCCCUAUAAAUUCACACAAACAUGAAUCUUCUGUUAGAUCUGGUGAAGUUGAAGUUCAGAAAGUGAAUUCAAAGAUAAAUGCACGUGAUUCUCAAAGUGAAAGAGGUUUCUCUAAUGGCUUACCAAGUGACUUCUCUAGCUUCAGUGGUGAUCAAAGCACUUUCUUGCUUGAUGAAGAAUUGGAACUGGAACAUGCGGACCAUUCACACGAUGACCUUUAUUCACAUAGAAGGGGCGAUGACGAGGAUGAUGACUUUUUUGUUGAUGACCAAGACGUUAAUAGGCUAAUAAUUGUCACGCAGGAUACUAGGUUAGAAAAGGAUGACAAAAGUCGCUCAAGUAUACAUCAGGCGUUUUCAACAGAAGAAGCUUCAAGAAUAAGUGAUGCGUUAUAUCAUUAUGAGAAACUGCACGGUCGGCACACUAGUAAUCAAAGAAGUUCCCAGGCUGAUAAUGCAGAUGUUGAUCCUAAACCACCUGGUGGUUCAAAAGGGAACCAUGUUAGUACUGUAAAUAAUGGUAUUGACGAAACUGGACAGCCUAUUCCAUGUAGGCGGCGAAAUAGAGGAAACAGAAAAGCACAUACCUCACAUAAGCAGAGAUUCUUUGCUGGUAAUUUUAUGAAUAAUCCCAAUAGCCAGUGUCAGUAUGGUGGUGUAUCAGAAAGUCCUCCAGGCUAUUCAGUUGGAUAUUUCUACGGAUCUACUCCAGAAAAUCAUUGUUAUAAAAGUUCAAAGCUGAGUUCAUCUCCUCACGGAAUUCCUGCUGGGAGCUCACCUGUUGGAUCUGUGCCCAAAUCUUCUCCACAAUCUCAGCAUCUAACUUAUCAUCUUUUAGAAAAAAAUAAACUCCAGCAACAAAGGUACAAUAAGUUCAAACAUCACUGCCUUGUGGAACGUAAGAAGUUAGGUGCCGGUCGCAGUGAGCAAAUGAACUCGCUCUAUCGCUUCUGGUCAUACUAUCUGAGAGAUAAUUUUAAUGAAGAUAUGUACAAGCAUUUUAAGAAGUUUGCACUGGAGGAUGCAGCAGCAAACUACAAAUACGGGCUCGAGUGUCUCUUCAGAUUUUAUAGUUAUGGUUUGGAGAAAAACUUCCAACAUAACGGUUAUGAAGAUUUUGAGAAGCUUGCACUUGAGUUCUACCAUAACGGUGAUCUUUAUGGGCUUGAAAAAUACUGGGCAUUUCAUCAUUACCGAAAUCCAGAUAGUGGUCCCAUAAAUAAGCAUCCAGAGUUGGAGAGGCUCCUAAGGGAGAAGUUCCGGACCCUAGAGGACUUCAAGGCGAAGGAGAAAGUGCAAGAGGCGGCAGAGAAAUAAAGUAGCCGCAACGCAGGUGUGGCUGCAAGCCAUAGCAAGGCUGAGGCUAAGUAGGUCCAGGCUCGGUGUGAAAUUUUGGUGGGUCAUACCUGUAAGGAGAAAGUAGCAGUUUUUCGUUUGCUGAAAACUAAGGAUUCGAUUAGACAUCUGUGCAGAUUUUGUUAUAUCCCCUGCCAAUACAUGUGUUGGGCUGCCCAGGAAAAAUUCUUCCUUUUUUUUCAUUACCUUCCUGGUUGCAAAGUGGGAUUUGUACAUAGAUAAUAAUUUUCUUGUUAAAUGGACAAAUAAUAGAGCAUGGAGUUUUAAGCC